CAUAAGCUCAGCCAGUUUACCACUCACACUAGCUAGCCCUCACCAACACUCUGCUGCCGUUCCAGAGUUGCAGGGCAGCAUGGCUCCUUUGCUCUUCAAGGACAUGAAGAGCCUUUCGUGCUCGUCUCCGGCGUCCACCGCGAUAUGCCCGAGCCUGGAGCGGCAGCCGAUGGUCCGGUCGCACAAGGCCAUUGCUGCUAGCCCUCUCUGCCAGGUCCCCAGUGAGCCAAGAACUCUCAGGCAAGACUGCAGGCGAGGCCAGCACCAGCACAAGGCCGUCGCCAGUGGCGUUGAGCUCGUCAGCCCCGCCGGCUCGUCCAGGUACCUGCUGAGCAGCCGCGCCGCCGCCGGCGAGGAGAUCCAGGAGGUGGAGGCCUCGGCUGCGCCGGCCGUUGAUGCCAAGGUCGUCGGGGAAGUGCAAGCCGGUGAUGUGAAGAACACACAGACGCAGGAGCAGGUAGUUGUCCUGAAGGUAUCACUGCACUGCAAAGCGUGCGCAGGCAAAGUGAAGAAGCACCUCUCCAAGAUGGAAGGCGUGACAUCGUUCAACAUCGACUUCGCGGCCAAGAAGGUGACGGUGGUCGGCGACGUGACGCCGCUGGGGGUGCUGAACAGCGUGUCCAAGGUGAAGAACGCCCAGUUCUGGGCGGCGACGACGCCGGCGAUGGCCGCCUGAGCUGAAGAGGCAUAGGAUCCUUCCCUUGGGCAGGGCCGGCCGGCCAGAGAGCCAACGGCGCUGGACCAGCUGCUGCUGUCUGUCUGUCUGUCUGUCUGUGAGUGAUGGCAUGGUGGUAGUGGUGUCUCUCUCCUAGAUGAGCAUGCGUGUGUGUGUCCUGGGGCUCUCCUCCUGAAAGGGGGUAGAGGCAUGCAGAUGCAGCUUUGCUGCGUCCUGUGGAUCGUUUUGUUUCCUUGUGGUUGGCACCAUGCCAAGGUACAUGCCGCCGAUGAGUGAUGAGCGUGUGUGACUCUGCUCGAUCUUAAGUGUUCUUUUGCGUGGUUCUUACUGUAAUAUAAGCAUUUCACUACUACUA